AUGACAAUCGCGAAAAUUUAUGUGCCUACACUUGUCACAAAUGCAAAGAAACUGUAUUCACACGAAAGCAAAUUAGCCGAUCGUGUCGUGUAUGGGUGUCCUUGCUGUCUCUCUGUUUCUGAUGCCUUGGGUGUCCUUGAUGGGCACUCUAAGGUCCAUCUUCGAAAGCAUAGCCCUUCAUCUGCCAGUUUCUCUUUGUAUGCCUCACUUGAUCAAGAUAGCGCAUCUCUCCUACUAUCAUCAACACUAGAAAGUUCGACAACUGAUGUUGAAUUGUUGCAGGAAACCGUUAUUGUUGUCACAGGUCUCCACGCUCAAACAGAAGCCCUCGUCGACACAAACCACUUGCCUGUUCGCUCAUACUUGUAUCGCUUCUCCUGGAUGGUAGGGGUUGUAGACUUGAUGGACAAGUUCAAGGAAUUUUGGGGCGCCUCGAUCGCUCUCAACAAAAUCAGCAACAUCAACGAUGACCGCAUUCUCUCCUUGUACAAGAUCUUUGUGUUUUCCCCCGAGUUUGACAAGCGCAUCACAAGAUACUCUGGCUGA